ACAAAAACAGUUGCUUGGACAAGGUCAAGCCAAAAUUAGUUACCCAAAAUUACUAUUUAAAGAGAGACAACAGUCGAAGAAGCAAAUACAAUUGUGUGAAAUGUCUGCGAAGAAGAUGAAACUUUUUGGUUGGCUGCUGCAGCUGAUGUGCCUGUGGGCCAGCGCCAGGGCCACGUGCAAUGUGUGCAAUCCCGUCAACAGCAUGGCCUGCUACUCGCUCAACCAGACGCAGGCCUGCGAUGCAAGUGGCCUGCCCACGCGCAUACCCUACAACUGUCCCGACGGCUAUGUGUGUGUGAGCGGCGCAGCCGGCGUGCGCUGCCAGCCUAGCAGCAGUGGAACCGGCGCCUGCCAGGACUGCAACAAGUGUGACAUCACCAAGACCUUUGCCUGCACCGGAACGAACACCUUUGCGCUCUGCCUGGGCACCGAUGCGCCGCAGAACUCGCUGGGCAGCUGUGCUGAGGGCUAUGUGUGCAACAGUCGUGAUGAGCGGAUAUGCGGACUGGACACGCAGGUGGUGCCCACCUGUUCUUAUGCAGAUGAGACGACAACAACAACAACAGCAGCAACUGCAACAACGGCAACAGCUGCAACAACUGCAACAACUGCAACAACGGCAACAACGGCAACAACGGCAACAACGGCAACAACGGCAACAACUGCAACAACUGCAUCAACAACAACAACUGCAGCAACAAUAACAACUGCAGCAACAACAACAACGGCAGCAACAACAACUACGGCAGCAGCCACGCCCUCGACCAGCGAUGCCAGCGCCUACUGCGCCGCUGUCCAGGCCCAGGGCAACUAUGCGGUGGGCAACUAUACGGCAACAACUUGCCGCCAGUAUAUCAAGUGCUUCCUCCUGAAUGGCAGCUGGCGUGGUCAGAAAUACACGUGUCCGGGCAGCACAUACUUUAGUCCCAGCAGCAGGCUGUGCGUCACCACAGUGCCCGCCACGUGCUACACGCCGCUGAGCACCACCACGACCACCACAGUGGCGCCCACCACCAGCAAUCCGAAUGCGUAUUGCGCCAAGAUGCAGGCAGAGGAUUACUAUCCGGUGGGCACCACGGCCAGCACGACUUGUCGUCAGUAUAUCUACUGCUUUGAGCUGAACGGCAGCUGGCUGGGCAAGCUGUACACCUGUCCGGGCAGCACCUACUACAGCAGCUCCAGCAAGACGUGCGUCACUUCGCUGCCCGCCACCUGCACGAGUGCUGUGGCCCGCCUGAGCCUCAACGGCGUGGAGCUGGAGUGAGAGUUAGCAUUAUCUAGUAUUAUAAUUAUCUAUCCAUUAUUAUUAUUAAAGUUCAUAUUAUAUCAAA